AAUCCCUGGCUCCUGUUUUUUUGGGUUUUUUUUUCCUGUUUUGUUUUUUGAAGACAGGGUCUCACUAUGUAGCCCAGGCUGGCCCCGGACUUCUGGAGAUCCUCCUGCCUCAGCCUCCAGAAUGCUGGCUUUACUGGCGUGUGCCACAACUCCCGGAGUUUCACAGUAUUUCAGUUACAGGCUGCACACGUAAGGCCUAGGCCUGGUGCCCGAGCUGUGUCCCUGCCUCAGCCGCCAGCCGGGCUCCCGUGUUCCCCGGCCCUCCUGCCUCCUCCUCAGCCGCACUCGCCCCAGCGCCCCGCCUCUGACUCCUGGAAAGCCUGGCGUCAUCCCCGGACCUGCUGCGUCCCUGAUUAGUCAGCUGGGGCUGUCUCCAGGGCCCUUCUUUCCUGUUACGUCAGGCCCCAUGCAGUCUAUUUUUAAAUUCUUAAAAACUGAACCUGACCAUGGCCGUGCUGUAGUUUACAAGGCGGUGCAGCUUGUGAACCCCCUGCCCGACCUGCACCCAGAACCUUUACCACGGGGCAGGAAGCAGAGCCCCCGCCUCUGCCCCAGCCGGCAGCCCAGUCCACUUCCUGUCUCAGGUUCUGUGCUGAGCAGUCCCAUACCUGGGUCCCCUUGGUGCUCCUUUGUGUCCAGUUUCUUUCUUUUUAUUUUUCUUUUUUUGAGAAGGCUGGCCUUGAAUUUGCCCUGUUCCUCCUGCCUCAGCCUCCUGAGUGCUGGGAUGAAUGACAGCCAAGUGUCACCAUGGCCUCCUUGCCCCUCUGUCUUGGUCCUCUGGCCGUGCUGGGGAUGUGGCCAGGUCUCUGCAGGGUCACCGGGCAAUGUGGGGGGCUGAGCUGCACCCCAGGCCCCUCGGCCUGCGCCAGUCGUGCCCUGCUGUGACCUCUGGUGUCCCAGAUCCGAGGAGGUGCCUGUCUGUCGCUCCAUCCCACCCACACAGCAGUCACGGGGCCACACGGGUGGGAGGCGGCCGGAGCGAGGCCUGAGCGGACACCGCCUGGCCACCCUGGUCCUGCCCCAGCUGGGAUGGCGGCAGGAGGCGAUAUCCGAGUGCCGGCUCUGCGGCCCUCACUGCUGAGCCAGGUGAUACCCAGGCUGGGUGCCGGGGGCAGCCAAGCUCGGGCCCUGGCCACCCACUGCCGCCGUCCUCGGAGGAGUCUGCGCAUCAGGAGAAGCGGCAGCCGAGGCCCGGCCAGGAAGCCCCCUGCAGCCGGGCCCAGCACCCCCAGCAGCUGCAAGGCCAGAGGAAAAAGACCACAAGGCGGGAGAGUGGUGGAGUCUCGCUACCUGCAGUACGAGAGGAGGGCGGCUAAGAAGGCCCCUGCUGCGGACACCGUCAGAGCUGUCGGGAAGGUGGCGGACGGCGUGAGGAGAGCCAGCCAGCUGCCCAAGGGCGCAGCAGACGGCAGCGGCAUGGGCAAGGGCGACCUGCAGUCCACCUUGCUGGAGGGGCACGGCACGGCUCCGCCCGACCUGGACCUCUCGGCCAUUAACGACAAGAGCAUGGUUAGGAAGACGCCACAGUUAGAAAAGACGAUGUCGUCGAAAGCCAGGUCGACCUCUUUCACGGCCCCCCAGAGAAAGAGCCCGGAUCUAGCGGAAGUGAUGGAGAUGGUGGCAUCCCAGACGUUGCUGCUGACCCUGCUGACCGUGAAGAUGGAGGACGGGCUGGCGCGGCUGGAGGAGAAGGCGGAGCGGAGCCUGCUCCUCGUGUGCCAGGAGCAGGGCCGGCUGCAGCAGGAGGCCCACAAGCGGAGGCGCGAGCUGCUGCUCCGGCAGAGGCACCGGGAGCUGGCCGCCGUCCUCCACUCCCAGAUGGAGGCACUGCGCCCCUUCGAGGCGGUGGCUGGCCACUUCCGAGACCAGUACAGGACGCUGGCCACAGCCCUGGACACCACCCGGCACGAGCUACCCCUGUGCGCCAUCCACCUGGAGCAGGACGGCCGGCAGCUCCUCGACACCCUGGAGGCCGAGCUGACAACCACCCACCACCUGCUGGCUGAGCUGGGCAUUGGUGCCGAGGAGGACGGGCAGGUGCUGGCCCUGCUGGCCGAGCUGAGGGACUCAACCAUGCAGAAGGACCACGAGCUCCGGAGGAGCUUUGAGCAGGUGCUGGAGCUGUCCGCUGAGGCCAGCAAGGAGGCAGCCCUGGCCAGCCAGGCGGCCUGGGAGGAUGCACAGGGCACCGAGGCCGCCCGCCACUGCUACUUCAGCCCCAAGGGAGGCGCCUCAGCGACCUUUGGGGGCACCCAGCCCCCAGCCCCAGCCCCACGAGGCCCUUGGCCCACACCCCCACGGAGGGCUGUGCAGUGACCAACCUGUGCAUGGAGCACACCGGAGCCCUUUACUGCUGCCCAGCAGCGUGGCUGUUCUGUCUCUGUUUGGUUUUUUUGUUUUUCUGUCUCUGUUUUUUAAAAGGAAUUUCUGGGCCGGGGAUUAAGCUCAGUGGUGCCGACGCCUCCCUCUCAAGCACAAGGUCCUGAGUUGGAUCCCCGGUACCAAAAAAAU